AUGGCUGCUCCUCAAUUUCAACACCCUCAUCACAACUCAAUUAAACAAGAAGAAGACAAAGAAACAAACCUGCAUGUUCAAUCCACUGAAUUCUUCCAUUCCAAUUUGGCCCUCUCCAAGGAUGGAAGCCCAUCUGAUACAGCAUCAUGCAUAUCAACUGUGGGAGAUACAACUGCCAGUGUCAAGAAAGGUGAUGCAGAUGCAGAUGCAGAUUAUGAAUCCGUGACUUCUUAUCCAACCACUGCGUAUUACGGAUACACCUAUCCAGGUUAUGAUAUGGAAAACCAAGGAUACUAUGUUGGCGGAUCCGGGAUGGAGAUGCAAUACCCUGUCAUGCAAGCAGAUAAUGGAUCUUUUGUCUACUUGAUGCCAGGAUUUCAGCCUGGCUACGAUCCUUACGCGCCAUACAUGCCCAUAACUACAAUCGGUAGUGAUGGACAAUAUGUUAGUCAACAGAUGUAUCCCCCACUCAGCCCCAUGUACCAAGCUCCUAUUUCCCCUGGAUAUAACCCCUCUCUUCUUCCUUAUGGGGAGUUAGUCCCAUCACCUUACUUGUGGGAUCCAUCUCUUGUUGGAGAUGGAACAGUUGGAAAUGCUUACAAUGGAGUUUUAGAAACACCACCCUCUAAAACUAGUUUCUCUUCCCCUAGUCACAAUCGUGCUCCACUGUUUAAAUCUCCUAAACCGUUGGAUGUUCAAUCAGGUUAUGGUGCACGAAAUCAGCCAAAACCAGUGAACAAGGCCUCAGUACGUGCCCCAAGUAUCCAAUCAGAAGCACUAGCCAAAGGAUACUUUUCUGUGGCCAAGGUUCCGGUCUAUAACCAAGGGACUGGUGGACUGCUCUAUCCAAACAAUUCACCAACUUUAAAAGCAAAUGCAAAGGGUUGGGGUGGCUCUGAGAAGCUGAAACCAAGAAGUAAGGCUAAUGGUGUUAGAGAUAUUAGUUUGUUUAAUGAAAAGAACCAUGGCCCUAGAUCAACCAACCCUAAAGGUGCAUUGUUGUCUGGAGCUGAAAAGGAGAAUGGAAAGUGCGACAGCAUAGCCUCUGCCAUCAGGAAGGAUCAAUAUAACCUUCCUGACUUUCCAACCAAAUAUGAGCAAGCACUUUUCUUUGUCAUCAAGUCUUACAGUGAGGAUGAUAUUCAUAAGAGCAUCAAGUACAACGUGUGGGCUAGUACUCCUAACGGGAAUAAGAGGCUGGACAGUGCUUAUCAAGAUGCAGAGGAGAAGGUUGCACAGAAUGGCUGCAAGUGUCCCGUGUUCCUUUUCUUUUCGGUGAAUGCAAGUGGUCAGUUUUGUGGAGUAGCUGAGAUGAUUGGCCGUGUGGACUUUAAUAAGAGCAUGGAUUUCUGGCAACAGGAUAAAUGGAAUGGUUAUUUCCCAGUCAAGUGGCAUAUCAUAAAAGACGUCCCAAACCCGCAGUUACGGCAUAUAAUUCUUGAGAAUAAUGAGAACAAGCCUGUGACCAAUAGCAGAGACACGCAAGAGGUGAAAUUCCUUCAGGGUAUUGAAAUGCUGAACAUAUUUAAAAAUCAUCUGUCAAAGACAUCAAUACUGGACGACUUUGAUUUCUACGAAAGCCGCCAGAAGGUGAUGCAGGAGAAGAGGAUCAGGCAGUCUACACCUUACUAUGAUCUGCAGCUAAAAAUAGGUGAGUUAAGUAUCAGCGCUGAGUAA